GGGCAUUCCUGUUACAGACCAAAGAGGACUGGAGAGAGAAAGCGCAAAUCUGUACGGGGUUGCAUUGUGGAUGCCAAUCUGAGUGUUCUCAACUUGGUCAUCGUGAAAAAAGGGGAGAAGGAUAUUCCUGGACUCACUGAUACCACAGUGCCUCGUCGCCUGGGUCCCAAAAGAGCUAGCAGAAUUCGCAAACUUUUCAAUCUCUCUAUAGAAGAUGAUGUCCGCCAGUAUGUUGUGCGAAAGCCCCUAAACAAAGAAGGUAAGAAACCUAGGACUAAAGCACCCAAGAUUCAGCGUCUCGUGACUCCACGAGUUCUGCAACACAAACGCCGGCGUAUUGCUCUGAAGAAACAGCGUACUAAGAAAAACAAAGAAGAGGCUGCAGAAUAG